UUAAUUAAUCUAAUUGAUGGAGUGAAAAGUUUGGUAUAACAAUUUCUUAGAUUCAAGAAUCAAGUUCCCACAAGAUUUCCGUAACUACAAAAUCGCCGUUUUUAUAUUAGAUCCUAUAAAUUUCAUCCUUUUUCGCAACCGAUAAAAAAAAAACCCCAAUCCAACGACAAAAUAAAUAUAAAAAAAAAAAACCAAAGUGAAAUCCAGCACGAAUGUUAGAAGCAAUUCACCCCCCAUUGUUUUUCACCUAUCGAUUUUUGAAUUAAUACUUUGAAUUUGUAUUCAACUUUUUAGGAUAAUGUGUAGUCCGGCGGAGAGGAAAGGUGAUGCAGAGGCCGGACCACAGCCUUUGUAUCCGAUGAUGCUGGAACCGCCGGAGUUGAGGUGGGCUUUCAUUCGGAAAGUUUAUUCCAUCGUGGCCCUUCAAUUGUUGGCUACAGCGGGGGUGGCGGCGACGGUUGUUUUUGUCCAUCCGAUAGCUCGUUUCUUCGUCAGCACCGGGGCUGGCUUGGCUCUUUACAUGGUCCUAAUCGUCACGCCUUUCAUCACUCUUUGUCCGUUGUAUUACUUUCACCAGAAGCAUCCAUGGAAUUAUCUUCUGCUUGGAACUUUCACUAUUUCUCUCGCGUUUGCUAUCGGAUUGACCUGCGCUUUUACUCAAGGGAAGGUAAUAUUGGAGGCAGCCAUACUAACAGCAACAGUGGUAGUGGGUCUGACUCUGUACACCUUCUGGGCUGCAAAGAGAGGCCACGAUUUCAGCUUCCUUGGCCCCUUUUUGUUUGGGGCUCUCCUUGUUUGUAUUGUUUUUGCUUUGAUCCAGAUAUUCUUCCCACUGGGUAGAAUAGCAGUGAUGAUGUAUGGUGGGUUUGCAGCCAUCAUAUUCUGCGGAUAUAUAGUAUACGACACCGACAACUUGAUCAAACGCCACUCUUACGAUGAAUACAUUUGGGCUGCUGUCUCUCUCUAUCUCGACAUUAUUAAUCUCUUCCUCUCCCUCCUUACUCUUUUGAGAGCUGCUGAUGGUUAAUCCCACUUGCUGGGUUUUUUUCUUCUUUUACUGUUAAUUAAAAUUUGUUGGUGGCUGAAUUAGGUCAAGGCUGAAAACGCAGUCAAAAUCUGUGUUUUCUUUCACACUGGUAUCAUAUCAUAUGGUAGUUGAAUUG